CCAACAUCUGUGCCCCGACGGUGAAGACACGGGCUAGCAUCAUUGUGGCACUGGCCACAACACUGUCCGGACAUGAGCGCACAUCGAUGUACGACGGACAUUCGUAAGGACUGCAAUAACCACAUCGUUAUGACUGUUAUCCCCUCAUGAUUUGGCAACUCAUCGUUCCUCGCACCCUACGGGCGAUGAACUGCAUCGUGAGGAUCUCGCAGGAGAUGAAGAAUGGUGCAUGGCAUAGACGCGCCUCCGUAUCUCCCUGGGCCUGCCAUUGCACAGGCCUUGGGCUCGUUAGCGGGGUGUACAUAUCUACUUUAACCUUGAUUCAACGUGUACCAUUUGCUUCUCUCGGUUUCCCACGGAAUUGCUUACAUCCUAUAUGUACGUUGUGUCAAUUUGCACCGCGUUGCCGCCAUUGAAGUGACGACAAUCCGGGUACGAACGACAAAAAACAUUGGCAACAUCGAUGCAUA